AUGACAAUCCAUUGUCUGAAAAAAAAUUAGAAUAUUUUAAUAAAUAAGAGUUUAGAGAAGUCCUUUCUAUUGAACGGUUUCACCUCUUUGAUGAUUCAAUAUAAAAUUUUGACAUAUUCUAAAACUUUGGAGAUUUGUAAUCCUUCAGAAUGUCCCAAAAAGAUUUUUGUUAUGUUAAGAGGAGGAGGCUGCGGAUAAUCAAAAGCUAAAAAGGAUUUCGAUUCACAAUUACGAUAGGAUUAAAAUUAAAUGAGUGCAUCAUAAUUACCUGAAAACUAUCUUGCAAACCUUAAUGAUUAUCUAAAACUAAUAGUAGAUGAGGCUUAACUCAUUUGUGAUACCACUAAGAGAAACGAAUUAAUGAAGAGGAUUUAAUGGUUUAUUCAUAACAGGGAAUACUUGAAUUAUUUUUGUAAUGAUGAAAAAGAAGGAAGCAAAAUUUAUGAAUUAGUUAAGGCAAAUUUUGAAAGUUUAUUGACAGUACUAAUCACUUAUUUAAGAAAUUCUGGAUUUAUUUGUUAUUAAGUAUUAUAGAUUUGUAAUGAAUUAUUAAGAAUUAUGUAUAUUUUCUAAUUUAGGGAAUCUAAAAGAUUAUUAAAAAAUGAAGAUUAAUAGGAUUAUAUUUAAAAGUUAUCAGAAUUUGAGACAUAAUUAGAAAUUGAAUAAGCCAAUGUUUGGAAAACAGGAUUCGAAUUCGAAAUUAAAAUAAUGAAAAUUAUGAUUAUGAAUUCUAAAACUGAUUCUACUGAAGGAAAAGAUGCAUUAAUCAAUUUCUUUAAGGAAGCAGGAAAAUCAAUCAUAGCAUUAUCACCUUCUGAAGACUUGCUUUAGACAAUAAUAGACGGUGGAAAGUAUUUAUUAAAAAAAGGAAUCGAAAAAAAAUUAUAUCCUAUUGAAACGUAUUAAAUUUAUUACUUAUUCUAAUUGAUUAAAUGGUCAAUUAUAAGACAAUUGAAAUCCAAGUUAUCUAUAUACAAAUAAAUAUAGUAGUUAAAAGAUGUUUUUCAAUAAUAUAUAUUAGUGUCUGAUAAUUGGAUUUUACAUUUUAGUUGGAUAUAAAUGAUUAUGGAUGUUAUUGCAUAUCGUCCUAUUAUAAAUAAAUCCAAUAUAUCAAUAAAUUAAUUAGAUCAAUAAUUAAUUAAAUGGAAUCUACUUAUUGAAAACAAUUUGAUUCAUUGCGUAUCUUACAACAAGAAUGAGGCAAUUAUGAGUUUGUUUUAAGAUUAAGAAAAACCCAUAUAUGAUAAUGAAUUAAUUAGUUAAUUGGAUGUCUAUUGUAAGAAAAAGUUUGUCUUAUUUUCCUAAUUUUUAUUAAAAGGAGAUCUAACUCAAAAUCUAAAUUUAUGGGAUCAUUACAAAGAAUUCACAUUUACAAUAUAAAAGGACAAAAAGUAAUAAGAUUAUGAAACUAUUCUAGCAAGUUAUGAAUUAGAAAUAUUGUAAAAAUUAAUUAAUAAUAUAAAAUCUUUAAAAGAUGAAUUGCUUUCAAUUCAUUCUGGAAUUAUCUAAUCAUUUUAAACUUAUUUUAAAGAUCCUACUUAAAUUUCAAUUCAAAUUAUUUAAGACGAUCAAUAAGCAUCUUAAAAGCAAUACUUAUAAAUUUAUAAAUAAUUGAUUGUUUUAACAAAUUAUUUUAUAUAAUUAACAAAAUUUGAAGUGUCUAAAUUGCAUUUACUUAGUCCCUAUUUAAAUUAAUUUAAGAGCCAACCUAAUAAAAAAAUUUUAGAGGAUCUCAAAGAAAAGAUCUUUAAUUUUUAAUCGAAAGAACUUAAUGAAUUUUAGAAUUAACUUUUAAAUUACUUCUUAGUCGCUAUAGAAUUUUCAAGUCUCGCAAAUGAAAUGAACUUAUUUUUAGAUUUCAAAAAUUAAGAAAAUUUAAAAAUAAUAAAUGAUAAAGUUGAAAUUGAUAAAUUUUAAAAUAUCUUUACAACAUUCGAAAAUCAUUUUAAUUAAUUAUGUCUCAAUUUAACAUCCUAUAAAGAAAAGUUUAUUAAAUUUAUUCAAUAGGAAGAACAAAUUAAAUCUAUGACAAUUCAAGUAGAAGAUUAGAAUAUUCUAUCAAUAAUUUAACAUAAUUAAAAUGAAGAAUAAAGUAUAAAUAAAAAACUUCAAGAGAUCUUUAUAAAUAAAUAUAAAUUCUUCGAUUCUGAAUUAGUAACCUUGGAGAAUGUAUAAUCGAAUCUAAUUCAAUGUAAGCUAAUUAUUCUAACUUUAUAAUAUUUAAAAUAAUUCACUAAUAUAUAAAGUCAAUAUCUAAUGAUAGUUAAGCAGUCGCUAGAAAAUUACAAUAAUAAUAAUAAUAAUCCUGAGUUAUCAACAUAAAAAGUAAACUUAGAUAAUAAAUAAACAGAUUUUGAUAUUUUGACUUUAUAACAAUAAAAAAUUAAAGCUUUGAUCAACGAAAAUGCUCAGCAAUCUGAUUAAUAAAGUAUUGAAGUUAACUUAAAAAGUUUAUUAGCAUAAAUAGAAUCUGAUUUCAUUUGUAUCAAAAGUUAAAGCCAAAAAGUACAAAAUUAAGGAAUACUUAAAUUGUUUACAAAUGCUUAAUUUAUACUCCUUUAAGUUUUGAAUUAAAAUGAAAACUUAUCAACAUUAUAAGAUCUUUUGAAAGAUUAUGAGUCAAAUAUUAAUGAUAUCAAUCAAAGCUUUAAAUAAUCUAUUCAAGAUGUUAAUAUAAAUGAAGAUGAAAAUACAAAUAAGAAACCUUUUAAUUUAUUUGAUUAAUGUUUGAGUGAAAAUGAGUAAUUGAUCUAAAAUAUAAAGGAAAUCAAAAAAUAUUAUAAAUACUAUGAAAAAUUAUUAAUCUUUCAGUUAGAAUUGUUACCAAAGUCAAUUAUCUAGGACUAAGCCAUAUCGGCAUAAGAUUAACAGAGACAGGGGUAAGAUAAGUAGCCAGUGUAAUUGGUUUAAGAAGAACAACUUAAAUUAAAUUAAAUGAGAGAGAAAUAUUUUAGUAAGAAAGUGAAAGACUCAAUUUAAAGACUUAUAUCAAGCUUUAAUCCUUAAAAAGAAGAACAAGAUAGUUCUAAUUCUAUGGUUAAUUUAAAAUUUACACAAUUUUUAUAGUUCUUUUAUUCUCUUUCUAAUGCUGAAUAUAAUAAAGGAUUAAAGCCUGAUAUAAUUAAUGAUUCAAUUUGGUAGGAUAUUAAAAAUGCAUAUAAAGACACAAAAGAGAAGCUUCUUGAUUUAGUAGAUCUUAAACCUGAAUACAAAGUGAGAGAAGGAUUCGUCUACAACUUGAUAAGAUUAUAAUACAGUAUUUAAGAAUAAAAAGUUAAGGCUUUCUGUUGCAAACAUCUAUAAUAUAUUUGGGUAUUUGAAAAGGAUUAAAGAGUUAGAAAUUUAUUGAAAAACAAGGAACUAGUAGAAAUUUAGAAACAACUAUUUGCUUAAGAUCUAGAUAAUUUGUCAGUAUCAAUAAAAGAUGAGUUGAAAUAGAGAAUGUUAAAGUUAGAAAAUUUACAAUAAGAAAUUAAACUCGAAGGAAAUUUAUAAAAAAGGGAGGAAUUAUAAAUUUAUUUGAAAAAGACGUAUGAUGAACUAGAUGAAUCUUUAGAUAAUAUAUCCGAAAUGUCAGAGGCUAUGGAUAUCAGUCUAAUAUUUUUGAAAGACAUAUCAAAGGAUGUAAAAUCAAUAAAAGCUUCAAUUGAUAAUUUAUAAGAGAGUAUAAAUUAAGUUGGUGAUGAUAUUCGUAAACUAAGAGGAAAGAGAUAUGAUGAACUAUUAGAAAUAAGAAAAUAAAAGAUAUUAUUCUAAUCUAAGUUAACUGAAGUGGAUUCAGUUUAUGUGUAAUUAACAACAAUUGAAUAUGAUCCAGUUAGUGGUGAGAUUGUAAAAUAUGAAAAUAAUGCAAAAUUAACAAAAUUAAUGUGUGCUCAAUGGAACGCCUUUGAAGGGGAAGUGAAUGAAUUUAUUUGGGGAGAUAAAUAAAAAGAUGUAAUGUUAUUAUCAGGAAAUGCAGGUUCUGGCAAAAGUAAGGCAGCCAGAAAAAUAGAAGAAUUUAUUUGGAAAUAAAAAGGAGUUCAAUCAAAAUGGAUUCCAAUUUAUGUAUCACUUCCAACUUUAAAGAAUCCUAAAUUUAAUUUAUUUGAAUAAGCUUUAGAAACUGAAAACUAUUAAUUUGAUAAAUAUUAGGUGAAGGAAUUUAAAGAAGCCAUUUAAGCUAAGAAAGAAUUUAUAAUUCUUAUCCUUGACAGUUAUGAUGAAAUGAAACAAGAUUGUAUCUAAUCAAAUCUAAUUUUGACAAAUAAAUUGAUAUAAGAAUUCAAUUCACAAGAUAGAUAGAUGAAAGUAAUCAUAACAACAAGAAAAGAGAUACUCAAUACAGUUGGAUAUUAAACUUGGUUUUAUGGGGAGAGUCUCCAAUCUUUAAAAGAAGUUUAGUUAUAAAAUUUUAAUGAAGAAUAGUAAAAUGAAUAUUUGAGUUAAUACGUUGAGUUAAGUAUUAAAAGGAAAAUUAAGGAGAUUUAUGAGUUUGUUAAAUAAAUUGCUGGAUAAGGGUUUCAUUUGGAUGAAUUCCUCACUAUAUGGGGCUUGAUUUCAUCAUAAGUCAAAAGUUGCAUUGAGAAAUCUGAAAUGAAGGGAAUGGAUGGAAUUUUCUAUAACAAUGCAGAAGAACAAAUAAUAACAAAGAUAAAAACUCAUAAGACGCUUGAAAUUUUAAAAGAGGAAUAGACAACUGCAUUGAGGAAAGAUUUAUUAGCUUUAUGGAGUGCGAACAAAUUUAAAUCAUCGAUUAAGAGUGUCAAUAUUGAAAAUUUAUUGACUACUCCAUUCAUGUUGGAGAUUGUUGUUUAAGUUUUACCAAACAUGGCUAAGAAACACUCAGGGUCAUAAUAAAUGAAAGAAGUUUUUAUGUAGAAUUAUUUAAAACUUAAAAGAUAAGUAAGGCUAUCUAAAAUAGAAAGAGAAUAGUAUUAAAAUGAAAAUUCUAAAUCCAAAAAUAAAGAAUAAUAAAGUAUGACAAAUUUUGAGGAAGAUUAUUAACCAGCAUAAGAAAAAGAAGAAGAAUAUUAAUUGAAAAUUGAGAAAGCAAAAAUAAUUUAAAUUGUUGAUAUGCUUGAUAAUGAGAACUUCUUCUCUAAAUACUCAAUUGUUAGUCAAUUAAAGCAAGAUGGGAAUGCUAUUGUUGUUGAUAAUACUGCUAUUAGAUUUGGUUCUACUAAUGAUAUUAAUUUUGUAAUAAUGGCUUUAUAAAUGAAAAGAUUUACAGUUUUUGAAUUUUAUGAGAGUUUUAUUAAUUUUUAUCAUGAUUAAUAAACUCAAAAAUAAAGAGAACUUGGUAAAGUUUACAAUUAGGAUAGUUUUGCAUUUGACAUAUAUCAAUUCUCCUAUUCAUUAGCCAUAGACAUGACUGUAAGAGAAUUAUCUUAAGUUGAUUACAAGCCAUUAGGAAAACUUGAUCUAAAAAGCAACUAUAAAAUUGAAUAAGUAACUGAUGAUUGGUUAAAGCAAUAUUUUGAUGUUGAAGAUGAGUACAAGAAAUUAAUUAGAAGUUGUAUUCUGUUAAACGCAAAAGGAAGUACUUUUUCAUUUACACAUAAAUCAAUUCAAGAAUUCUUUGUGGCCAAAUACAUUUAUGAUUUUUUAUUAUCUUUUAAGAAUUUUAACAAAGAAAAUUUAGAGAAAAAUAAGGAAAUUUUAAGUAAAUCAGUAUUUAAUAAUAACGAUUUUAAUAUAUCUACUGAUAACCUUAGGGGUGCAAUCUAUUUCAUUAGAGAUCAAUUAAUCAAUGUUGAAAAUAGUAAUUAAAAAUUGAUUGAUAUAGUAAAGCUUUCAAAGGAUGAAGAUUACUGCAGAGCUGCAUCAAAUAGUAUUUAUCUAUUAUGCUCGAUGAAUGUUUAUUUGGGAUCUCAAGACUUCAAUGGUAUACGCUUGGCCAAUACUGACAUCUCAGGUCUAAGUCUAUUUGAUUGCGAUUUAAGUAACUCCAAAUUUGAAAAUGUUGAAAUCAAUUCUUGCAAUAUGAAUUUAGCUGAUUUAUCAAAUGUAAAAUGGACCAACAUCAUUUGUAAAGAAAAACCUAAUUUAGAAGGACAUAAAAAUGAAAUUUUGGAGGUACAAUUUUCACCUGAUGGCAAAUUUAUUGUAUCGAUAGAAUGGCGAGAAAAAACAAUUAAAUUAUGGGAUGCAGAAAAAUAUUCAUUCAUGAAAGAUUUAGAAGGUCAUACAGAUUAUGUGAAUUCACUUUCAUUUUCUUCAGAUUCUUCUAUACUUUAUUCAGGGAGUGAUGAUGGCACAAUCUUAAGAUGGGAUUUAAGCAACGCUUAAUAAAUUAAAAGUGAAGUUGUAUAAAUUAUGGAUAAUAAAGUUCGAAAAAUAAAAGUUUCUUAAGAUUCUAAAAAAUUAUAUAUACAAGAUGAUGAAUAAUGCUUCUAAAUUCUAGAUUUAUCAAAAAAUGGUUAAAUUCAAGAGUGUGUUUUUGAAAUUAUUCAAGACAGUCUAAUAAGCUUUGCAUUGCAUCCUAAAGAACCAAAAGUAGCAUUACUCUAUAAAAAUGAUUAUAUAGAGUUAAGAGAGUACGAAAAAAAUUAAUUAGUAAAGCUUGAAUACAGCCACACCUAUAGAUGGGGCGAGUAAAGUUUAAUAUUUAGUGAUGAUGGGGAAUAUCUUGGAAUGCUGUCUUAAAACGAAGUGAUAGUUUGGAAUUUAAAAUAAAAUAUCGAAUAGCCUGAAAAAUAUUUAACUUUCUAAGGCGACAUCUAUUUAAAAUCCCUUUAAUUCUCCUACGAUAACGAGCUGAUCAUUUGCGGAAAUAAUUUCAUGUUUAAGAGUGUAAAUGAUUAAUUCAUAGGAAAGUAGAAAUGUACUGAAGCUUAAAUCUCUCCUAAAGGUGAUAAAGCUGCUAUUGCUUAUGAAAAUACACUUAGCUUAAUAAAUAUCAGUAAUUAAGAAUUGCUUUGUCAAAGAAAUUUUAAUGAUCUUCAACCUUGCAAUAUGCUUUUUUCAAAAGAUGGUUCCAAAUUAUCAUUAUUUUUAAACGCUGAAAGUGUUACUAAACAAUUUAUGAUUUUGGAUGUCUAUAAUAUACUCACAAAUAUUUGUUUUUUACCUUUUUGGGACACAUUUUGGAUUAGUUAUAUAUUAUCAAAUGAUUUUGAAAGCCUUUAUGUUUCAUAUAGCAAACCCUCAUAGUUUAAUUAAUAUUGGUAAGUUGAAAAUAUUAUUAAGAUAGACACUAAAAAAAUUCAUAAAGAGACAGAAAAUAAGAAAUACUCUAUAAGUAGUCAGAAGUUUUGUACUUAAACUCAAAGAGGGGUCAUUGCUUAUACUACAUAAGACAAUAAUAUGAUUCAAAUACAUGAUCUGGAUAAAAAUUUAGAAUUAUAAAAGAUUACAAUAAAUUCAGAAAAAAUAAUCAAGGAUUUUCUAUUUUCACCAACUUAAAAUGAAUUAGCAAUAAUGUUUGAAGAUGAAUUGUAAUUUUGGAAUUUAGAUACUAAAUCGUUUAAAGUUAAAAAUAAUCUUAAUUUAUUGGAUUAAGAUAUCAAAUCUAUCAAUUAUUCUCCCGAUGGUUCAUUAAUUGUAUUAAUAUUAGAAAAUUAGUUUUAAAUUUAUAAGGUUGAAAGUGAUGAAUCACCAGAGAUAUUUAAAUACGAAGGAAAUAGGAUUGUGCACCUUUCUUUUGAUAAUGACAUAAUUGGCUACUAUUAAAAUGACUAUGACUCAAAAAAAGUAAUUUUAAUGAAUACAAAAGGCAAAUCUGAAUAAAAGAUUUUAGAAGGCCAUAAAGAAAACAUUAUUAAAAUACUAUUUACUCACGAUAAAAAGUCCUUAAUAACUGCAUGUGAAAAAGAACUUAUAUUAUGGGAUCUAUCUACGUUUAAGAUCAAAGAUUAAAAACAUAUCUUUAUAAAGGGGAAUAUUUUAUAACUUUCAUAUCAUAAUGAAUAAAUAGCAUUAUAUUCAGAUCAUGUUGUAGAAUUGUGGAAGUAUUCAUAGGAUAAAUUGAUAUUUAUUGCCUCUUAAUUUUUUGACUUUUCAAUUGAUUCAUUAAGCUUUCUUUAUGAUGAUUAACAUAUCUUGAUUUAAAUAUAAAAUUAGGAGUUUUUGUUAUAUAGUUUGGAUAAUUUUUAAUUUCAAUAAAUAUAUCCAAAUAGUUUUAAUAUAGGCGCGAUAUCCUCUAAUAAUUUGAUCGCCUUAAUUAAAGAAAGUUAUCAUUGUCUUUCAAUAUAUUAAAGUAGCUUGGAAAAGCCUGAAUUUGAAAUAAUAAAUUUAAGAUAUUAUAUAUAAUAUUUGAAAUUUUUGGAGAAUAAAUAGAAUUUAUUAUUAUAUCAAGUUGCUAAAGAUAUUUAUAUCUAUGAUUAUAAAAAACAAGAAGAAAUAUAUCAAUUUAAUUUAUUUAUUUGCAACUAAGCGCCAUAGUUAUAAUUAUAAGAUGAUUUAUUAAUAUCAACCAAUGAUAAAUAAAUUACAUUUGUGAGUUUAAGUGAUUUGAGUAAAAUCGAGAUAUGUGGAUUUCACCAUGACAUUAGUUGUUUUUCUAUUUAAGAAAAUUAAGAAUUUGGGUUAGGACUAAAAAAUGAACAAUUGAUUAUAAUCAAAGACUUGUUCAAUGUUUAAUUUGCAUUACCCAUUAAUUCAAAAGUAGACAUUAUACAAGGAUUUGCGUCUAACUAAAAUAAAAUCUAUAUUGUUCAAGAAAAAUAACUCUAGAUUAAAUGGAUGAAUACAAAAUAAGUACAUGAGUUUAAGGAAGAUGUCAGAGCUGUAGCUUAUUGUAAAGAAAGCGACUAGAUUGCAAUUUGUACAAAAUCACAACUUAUUUUACUUUCAUUUUAAAAAAAUAGUAUAAACAUUGUCAGCAAAUUUGAUUUAUAAAUGGAAAUCUAUAAUUGCAAAUUGACUUUUACAAGUGAUGGGUCAGGAUUGACUUUAAAUUAAAAUUUAAUGAUAUAAUUAUUUUCCAUUACAAAAAAUUAAAAAUUCAUUUGCAGAGGAAUGUAUGAUAAGGUAUUUUUUAUAAAGGGUCGUAUAGAUUAUAGUAGUCAUUUAAGACUAGCAUAAAUAUUUAACAAACAUGGUACUACUAAUAGUUAAUAAUAACUCGCUAUUCUUGAUUAAGAAUUAAGUUUAUUCAGAAUUAUAAAUCUUAAAAGUUUAAAAUAAAUUGUAUAGAUUAAUUUUAGAGUAUAAAAUAGACAAUUAGACUUUUAAAUAUGUCCAGAUGAAGAUAAAAUAUUCUUCGUUUUGGAUCACAGGUUGAUAUAUUCUUUGGACUUGAACAGUUUUGGAACAUAAAUGGUUCUCUAAACAUCUUAUUAUCAUUAUGAUCUUAGAUUAAGAAUUACCGAAAAGGAUUUCUUUGUGUAUGUAGAAAAUGAUAAAAUCUUGUAAUACUAGGUUUCAACAAAGUGUUCUACUGAAAUUACAACAAUUUAAGAUAUCAGCUAUUUAAAUUACUUACCGCAAUAAUAGCUGCUAGCCGUAAGUACAAAGUAGAAUAAUAUCAUAUUUUGGGAUAUCAAGGCUAAAAAGAAUGUUGGAACUCUAAAGGGACAUUAAGAUACAAUCACAUACUUGACAGCUUCGCCAUCUGAGGGAGUUCUUGCUUCUGGGGGUAAGGACAGAUUAAUAAAACUUUGGGCUAUUAAGCAGAAUGAAUCCUUUGAGAUUCAACAAGCUCAUUCAAAUCCAAUAACUUCUAUUGCAUAUUCUUAGGAUGGUUAAUUACUUGCAUCUGUAUCUGACGCUCCAAUAUUUCUUUGGGAUGUUAUUGAUAAAAAAUUGAUUAUUCAACUAAAAAAACACGAGACAUAGGUUAAAUGUUUGGAAUUUUCUCAUUGUUCUAAAUAUUUAGUGUCAGGAGAUAAUAAUGGAGUAAUAAUAUUUUGGAAUAUUGAAAUUCCUUAAGUUGCUAAGUUUGUUUAUAUCAUAGAUGAAUUUAACUGUCCUAUCCAUUCUAUAAGCAUCUCUAAGUAAGAAUAAAAUUUAUUAGUGAUUUAUGAUUAAAAUAUAAUAAUAAAGUGGAAUUUUGAGUAAAUUGAAAAAUAAUAGAAAGAGUAAAUUUUAUGUAUUAAUACAAACGCAAACCAAUUUAGUUUUAUUGGAAGUGAUUAAAUUAUCUAUUACGAAGAAGGUAUAUUGAAAAUUCUAAAUUUUGAGACAUAAGAAUUAAUUAGCUAAAACCUGGAAUCAGAUAUUAUGUAAAUAUAAAGUUCUACAGAUAAUAAUCUAAUAUUAUGUUUAGAACAGACCUCUGACAGUUUGAUAUGUUUCUAAAAAAACAAUGAAAAUCUUUGGUCUAAAAAGUCUAUUAGCAUAGAGCGUACGGAUUAUAUUUCUCUUUCUCCAGAUAAUAAAUUUUUAUAUUCGACAAAUACAAUUAUUGAUUUAAGGUCAAGGUUAGAAGGUUGUGAUAAAUGGAUAAUUAAAAACAAAAUUUACUAUUUUUAAAAACUAUUUAAGUAGGAGAAAAAAAUACUGUGUAAGCUUCAAACUAUUUUUAAUAAUAUUUCUUCUUGCAGAAUGUAUAUGUCAUAUGAUUUAACUAUAAUUGCUGUAGUUAUAAAUGAUAGAGACAUUAAGCUCUUUGAUAUUAAUAAUUAAUAAAAUAUCAAGGAAUUCAACUCAAUAAAUCCUGGUUAUAUUUAAAUAUCUAGGGAUUUAAAAUAUUUGUCUUGUUUAGAGCUGGAUAAAGAAGAUAAAAUUGGUAAUUUCAUUUUAGUAUGGGAUAUAAAUGGCCCAUAAAAAAGGAGACAACUAUUAUUGAAUGGAGGUUUGAUAAAAAAUUAUAUCUUUUCUUCAAAAGAUUCUAAUAAGCUCUAUGCCCUAUAUGAAGAUCGAACUGUAAGAGAAUGGGAUAUAACAGCUGAAUAGUCUUCCAUAAUAGUUACUCUAUCAGAAAUUUUAGAUAUCUAGAGACGGUUUGUAUUUUCCUAAAACCUAAAAUUCUUGGUCUGUUGUAAUUAGAAGAGUUUAUUUAUAUGGGAUUUUCAAAAAGAAGAGCAAUCCAAUUACGAUCUUGAAAACAAUAUUGACAAUAUUUAUUAUUCUUAAAAUGAAGAUAUUUUUGCUGUUGUUAUGGAGGUCUAAGAAAUACAUAGACUUGCAAUAAGUUAUAUAUAAGUCGUACUACUAAAAGGUGAAAACAAGUCUAUUAUUUAAUUGGAUUUGGAAAGAUAUGUAAGUACGGUUGAGUUAUAAUAUAUUUGGUUCUCACAUGAUGAUUAGCACUUGGUAAUUUGUCUUAAUAAUGAUAUCUAUCUUUAUUAAAUAAAAGAAAAUUUAGAAUAUAAAUAUUUGGGUGUCUGGACUAUAAAAGAAGCAAUAGGUAGGAUGUUUUUUAAUCCCAAAAAUAUGAAUUUAGUAAUUUAAUUAUUUCAUUAAAAUGAGAUCGUUCUCAUUAAUUUAGACCCUACAAUAAUUAGAGAAGAUAUUAAGGAAUAGUACAGCGAGGUAGAAAAUAACAAAAUAUGUUGUUAUUCACCUGAUAGCAGAUAUUUAGCUAAUUUGUCCCCUUGUUUAAAAGUAUAUGAUUUAUGCAAUCUUUAAAAUUAAGUAAUGAAUGAUACUUAGAAUUAAUAUAGAGGAGAAUGGAUUUCAUUUUAAUCAAAAGAUCUGUUAUCAUUAUCCUAUCGAGAAACAUUUCAAGUUUUACGUAUCAAUAGAAAGGAUAAAGAAAUAUCAAUAGAAAUAAUUAAAGAAUAUAAUUUCUAAUAUCCUAUAAGUUCAUUUACAUACAGUUAAAAUCAUAUUUUAAUCUAAUUUAAUUUAGAACGCAAUUCAAAAAGAGUCUGCUUAUAUGAAAUAGACAAUUUUCAAGAAAGUUUAAUCAAAGCAAUUUAUAACUCUCGGGCACAGCCCAUUUUGUCACAAAAUUCUUAUUACUUUGCUUUAAGCAAUUAUGAUAAAAUAUAAAUUCUAAACAUAUAACACCUAUAAUAAGAUAUGUGUUAUGAGAUAAAUAAAAAUUCAAGAGUAUAUCAGAUAUUCUAAUUAUCUGAUGAGAACCUGAUUAUUUUAUGUGAUAGGAAUUAAAUUAAAAUAUUAAAUUCUGUAAGUUUAAAAAUGAUUAGAUCAAUAGAAAUCAUAGAUUACCCAGACGAAAUUGAAUUUUCUAAGAUUUCUAAAUACUGGGUUUAGAAACAUUAUACUUCUUUUAAUGUAUUCACUUUUGAUUAUAAUGAAUUUAAUCUCUUACCCUUUUGGACUGAAGAAUUGAAAGAUGCCAGCCUCAUUUGUUUUACUUUAUCACCAAAGGGUGAUCUACUUUUAACAGGGCACAAUAACUUGGAAGAAAUCACAAAUUCAAUUACCUUAUGGAAAAUAGAACAACGUCAAAAACUUUGCACUAGUAAUAAAAUAAACGAUAGAAUAGAAAUUCUUAAAUUUUGUCCAAAUGGAGUUAGUUUUGCAGCUGGCCUUUUUGAUGGAUCUAUUAAUUUAUACUCAAUUGAUAUAUCAAAAACGAAUUACUUUAAAAAGUAAUAAUUAAAAUCCAAUGAGAAAUGUUAAAUAGUUUGUGUCAAAUCCUUUUCAAAAUAAUCGUUUUUGACUGCAGAAUUUUCCAUUUUAAAAUAAUCCUUAAUAAAUUCAGAAAAUAAGUCCAUUGUCGAAUUGUUUUGUUAAAAAGGAGGGAAAAAAUGA